CAGAGCAGCCCGAGCUCACCCCACCCCGCAUCCAACGCUCCGUAAGCUUUCCCAUCUUAUCGAACUAGCCCUUAUAAAGGCGCCGCCUGGCUUCCGAACCGCGUCUCCCCCGCCUCCGUCUGCCCCCUCGCCGUCGCCCCGCUGACCUCAACCAGCCGCCGGCGAAAUGGCCCCUAAGCGAGGCGGCAAGGCGCCGGUCCCGGCGAAGAAGAAAACGGAGAAGGUGACCAACCCGCUGUUCGAGAAAAGGCCGAAGCAAUUCGGCAUCGGCGGCGCCCUCCCGCCCAAGAAGGACCUCCACCGCUUCGUUAAGUGGCCCAAGGUUGUGCGCAUCCAGCGCCAGCGCCGCAUCCUCAAGCAGCGCCUCAAGGUGCCCCCGGCACUCCACCAGUUCACCCGCACCCUCGACAAGAACCUUGCAACAAACUUGUUCAAGAUGCUUCUUAAGUACCGGCCUGAAGACAAAGUUGCCAAGAAGGAGAGGCUUCUAAAGAGGGCCCAGGCUGAAGCUGAAGGGAAAACUGUUGAGGCCAAAAAGCCAAUAGUUGUGAAGUAUGGCCUUAACCAUGUUACCUACCUAAUCGAGCAGAGUAAAGCCCAGCUGGUUGUCAUAGCUCAUGAUGUUGAUCCGAUUGAGCUGGUUGUGUGGCUCCCUGCUCUUUGCAGGAAAAUGGAGGUCCCUUACUGCAUUGUCAAGGGAAAAUCUCGCCUUGGAUCGAUUGUUCACAAGAAGACUGCUUCUGUUCUGUGCCUGACCACAGUGAAGAACGAGGAUAAGCUUGAGUUCAGCAAGAUCCUUGAGGCUAUUAAGGCGAACUUCAACGACAAAUUCGACGAGGUUAGGAAGAAGUGGGGUGGUGGUGUCAUGGGCUCCAAGUCGCAAGCGAAGACCAAGGCCAGGGAAAGGCUUAUCGCAAAGGAGGCUGCGCAGCGGAUGAACUAAGUUUAGCAUUGUUGAACCAUAUCUAUUCCUCAUCCUUGAGUAGUGUUCAAGCAUACUGUGGCUGUUUGGCUCCAGUUUUGGAAGUCAUUUUUGUUUGUCUGAGACAUCUUGGAAAGAACAGUGUAAGAAUGAAGUAUUUCUGUUUAAUGCCAGUUAGUAUUUUUGUCGAA